AUGUUUUUCAAUCGCCAAUUUUUUCAACAAAAUUUACCUGGCGCUAAUGCUCGCCCUUUUCGUGCUAUCUAUAAAUGUUAUUCCGCUGAAUUUUUACCGGAUCAUGAUCGUGAACGUUUAAAUCUCAAUAAUGGUGGAAAAAUUUUACUUCCACAAGCAGCAUUAGAACAAUUAAUUGAACAAAAUGGUACCAUGUUAUUCAAGUUAAAAAAUACAAAACUUGAUCGUAUAAUACAUUGUGGUGUUUUAGAAUUUUUACCAAAUGAUGAUAAAACAUGUUAUUUACCAAUUUGGAUGAUGCGUCAUUUAUUAUUACAAGAAGGUGAAGAUAUAACUGUUGAAUUUGUUGCAUUACCUACAGCUACAUUUGUACAUUUUCAACCUCAAUCAAAAGAUUUUCUUGAUAUAUCAAAUCCUUCAGCAGUUUUAGCAAUAGCUCUAAGAAAUUUUAGUUGUUUAACAAAAGGUGAUCUCAUAGCAAUAAAUUGUCUUAAUCGUAGUUAUGAAUUAUUGGUUUUGGAAUUAAAACCAGCCGAUGCUGUAACAAUUAUAGAAUGUGAUAUGGACGUUGAUUUUGCGCCACCAAUUAGUUCUAUUGAACUAGAAUCUACUCCAACAUCAUCACAAAAUAUUGCAACAGCACCUGAAACAACUUUUGAAUUAAAUUCAAGUGAACACAGUGAUUAUGCGAAUAAUUGA